AUGAAUAUAAUUCCUGAAUUUUUGCGUCGAAUUUUGUCAAAUCGAUUGAAUCAUAAUCGGCAUGAUUUCUCAUUUGAACUUCUUCGUAGCGCUUCAAUUCAAGACCUGAAGAAAUGCGAUAAUCGUAGGCAACGGUUAAUCUGGCCAAGGCAAAUUAGUAGCCAAGAACAGUUCCAUAUCAAUGCAACAAAACUGGAAGGUGAUGAAAUGAUCGAAAUACUCGGAGAAAAUGGUGAACGAAUAAGAAAUGAUGAAACGGCCCUUUUUGGAUUUACUGAAUAUACCUCGGAUGAGUGUAACAGAAUGAAUCAAUCGACUACAGAAUCCUCGUUGAAUCGAGCAAUUGCAGAAUGCAAUAUAAUUCGUAGAAAUUCACAUUUUUCAGAAGGAAUUUUACUAAAAUGCGUAGAUUCUAAACCAUUGUAUCCAUACUUGCAUUAUGCAUUAUUCAAAAAUCCCGAUCAUGAUAUACGGAUAUCGCAAAUUGAUCAAACAAUACGUGAACUACAUAGCGGACCAAAAUUACAGUUUGGUGCAUAUGAUGAAAUUUAUGCAAUUCAAAAAAUUUCAUCAAUUGCGGGUUAUAAGUUACCAUCACAUCGACAUGCCGGAUAUAUUAUUAUACUCUUUAAACUUCUCGAUGAACAAACUAGUCACGAAAAUCUCGAAAAGUCAUGGUUAAAUUGGUCAGGUGCAAGAGAAAUUUACAAAUAUUCGCCAACAAAUUGGAAUUUGCGGCGAAUUGUAUUACAUAAAAUGCCAAUAGCAAAGAGAAAAACCUUUCAACCAUUUGCAUACGUUUUAUUUUGUGAAUUUCGAAGCAUAUUAAAUCCAUCAAAUCGUUUGCGAGCAUUAGAUAUGGUAGAACGUUUAAGAGUACGAAAUUGUGGGCAUAUAUCACUUUAUCAGGUACAGUGGUCAUAUGAGCAGAUGUCAAAUUGUGGUGAAACAUCAUCAAAUUCAGGAGAAUUGUUCUCAGUUCCAAAUGGAAGAUGGGAUCGGAAUCUGAUGCUACGCGGUUUUUCUCAAGAUGUUGAGCCAACAACUGAUCCAUCACUACUUACUAAUAAUCAUAAUAGUUCGACGGGAUAUCCAACGUUUCACAGCUAUCAUCAUUUUAACGAUUUUGGAUAA